AUGAGACUCGAAACUUCAAUUCUCACAGCCUUGCUGGCUGUGAGCAGUGUGUCUGCCUUUCCAACUACAGAGAACUUGGCCCAAUUCGCGUUCAAGGAAGCUGCCGAGAAACGAUGUCCAUUCUCACAAGUGAGAGAAGGAAUUAGUAAUGCUAUCAAGAAGCGCAACAUUCUUGAUUCUCUAUAUUCUCCUAUCAAAGUUACUGGUGAACACGCAUUUGUGGCACCGGACUUUGCAUCUGGAGACCAACGUGGACCUUGCCCUGGGUUGAAUGCAUUGGCAAAUCAUGGAUACAUACCUCAUGAUGGUGUUGUGUCGCUGGCCGAGGUGGUUCCCGCUUUGAACGAAGUUUUCGGAAUGGGCUUUGAUCUCGGCCUUGUUCUCGGCGUCAUGGGCACUGUUUGGGCUGGAGAUCCGAUCUCAUUGAAUCCUAGCUUCUCAAUUGCCGGAGAGUCACCUGCAAUUGACAACUUGCUAAACGACGCAUUCGGACUCCUAGGUACUCCUCGUGGAUUGAACGGCUCGCACAAUUUCAUCGAAUCUGACUCCUCUCCAUUCCGGGAUGACCUUUACCUUACUUACGAUGCCUGGACACUCAAUCUAACCAAGUUCGAUUCGUUUUACGCAAUGUCUAGCAACGGCACUUUUGGCAUGGAUCUGAUAGCAGAGUUCGCGAAAGAUAGAUUUUACGAAAGCAUCGCCACGAAUCCAAACUUUUAUUAUGGUCCAGUAACCGGAAUGAUCGCACGUAAUGCUGGGUAUAUGUUUACUGGUCGGCUGUUCGCGAAUUACUCUACUGAGUAUCCCGACGGUGUUCUAACCAAAGAAGUUCUCAAGAGUAUGUUCGGCGUGAACGGCUCCGACGAUGCCUUGCAAUACAACUACGGCUAUGAACGUAUCCCAGAAAAUUGGUACCGCCGUCCCAUCGACUACGGCCUCGUCGAUCUGAAUCUAGAUAUUCUGGAUUUUGUAGCACAGUAUCCAGAAUUAGCGAGUAUCGGUGGGAACCUCGGUGCUGUGAAUAACUUCGCCGGCGUCGACAUUACCAACCUCACCGGCGGUGUUCUCAACGCUGCAGACCUCCUCAAAGAUAAUAAUCUGCUUUGUUUGGCUUUUGAAGUCGUUAAGCUUGCCAGUCCCAAUGCUUUGACGAAUAUCUUUGCUACGAUAGCUGCGCCUUUGGAGCUGAUUACAAAUGUCAUCUCUGCACCGCUGUUGAAUCUAUCCUGCCCGGCGUUCGAAGACAUCACCUACAAUGGUAAACCGAUCUGGGAGGGAUUGCAGAGCGCAUUCCCUGGUGCAGGGUGGGCACAGGCUGCUUUUUAG